CUCUCGCACACAACUUCGCCGGGCUUCGUCAGAGAAAGACAAGCCGCUUGGUCGGGUAUUCUGCGGGCUCGAACAGAGAGUAUUUGUAUUAUUUUUGUCAGCGCGACUCCUCCACAGACACACAAACAGACACCAUGAGGGAAAUUCUCCACCUGCAGACCGGCCAGUGCGGUAACCAAAUCGGAUCAAAGUUCUGGGAAAUCAUCAGCGACGAGCAUGGCAUCGACCCCAUGGGCGUGUAUCAGGGCACGAACCGAGACAUCGAGGAACUGCAGCUGGAGAGAAUUAACGUGUAUUUUAACGAAGGCUCUGGAUACCACCACUACGUUCCUCGGGCUAUUUUGGUUGACCUCGAGCCCGGCACGAUGGAUUCCGUGAAGGCCGGCCCUUAUGGACAACUCUUUAAGCCAGAUAACUUCGUCUUCGGUCAGAGCGGCGCAGGAAACAACUGGGCGAAGGGGCACUACACAGAAGGCGCUGAACUGGUCGACUCCGUACUCGACGUCGUCAGGAAAGAGGCCGAGAACUGCGACUGUCUCCAGGGCUUCCAGCUGGCUCACUCCCUCGGCGGUGGCACUGGCUCGGGCAUGGGCACUCUCCUCAUCUCCAAGAUCCGAGAGGAAUACCCCGACAGGAUCAUGAACACUUUCUCCGUCGUGCCAUCCCCCAAGGUUUCUGACACUGUGGUCGAGCCCUACAACGCCACCCUCUCGGUCCACCAGCUGGUUGAGAACACGGACGAAACCUACUGCAUCGACAACGAAGCUCUCUACGACAUCUGCUUCCGCACCCUGAAACUCGCCAACCCGACCUACGGUGACCUGAACCACCUGGUGUCGCUCACGAUGUCCGGCGUGACCACCUGCCUCCGAUUCCCCGGCCAGCUGAACGCCGACCUCAGGAAGCUGGCUGUCAACAUGGUGCCAUUCCCCCGCCUCCACUUCUUCAUGCCCGGCUUCGCCCCGCUCACCGCCCGCAACGCCGUCGGAUACCGCACCCUCAACGUCCCCGAGCUCACGCAACAGAUGUUCGACGCCAAGAACAUGAUGGCGGCGUGCGACCCGCGCCACGGCCGCUACCUGACCGUGGCCGCCGUGUUCCGAGGCAAGAUGUCCAUGAAGGAGGUAGACGAACAGAUGCUCAACAUCCAGAACAAGAACACGCCCUACUUCGUCGAAUGGAUCCCCAACAACGUGAAGACCGCCGUGUGCGACAUCCCCCCGCGAGGCCUCAAGAUGGCCGCCACCUUCAUCGGCAACUCGACCGCCAUCCAGGAGAUCUUCAAGCGCAUCUCGGAGCAGUUCACGGCUAUGUUCAGGCGAAAGGCUUUCCUCCAUUGGUACACGGGCGAAGGCAUGGACGAGAUGGAGUUCACGGAGGCCGAGUCCAACAUGAACGACCUGGUGUCCGAGUACCAGCAGUACCAGGAGGCCACCGUGGAGGACGAGGAGGACUUCGAGGAGGAGGACGCCCAGGUGGAGACCGACUAAAUUUUCGGCGCAGACUCAAG